GCAAAAUGCCGGGUAUCCAAAAAAAAACUUUCAGCAUGUAAAGCAAGUCAAGCGUCAGUGAACACACGAAAAGCUGUUCAGAAAGAAAAAGCUGCUCAGCAAGAAAAAGCUGUUCAGCAAGAAAACCCAAUUCUGGAAGAUAUCAAUAAUAUAUUAAUCCAAAUAGAUAAUGAUAAAUUGCAACAG